UCUAUUUUCCUUAAGGCCAGGCUUGAAGCCAAAUUAUCUCUGGGUGUGCACAAAUUGUAAGCAAACAUAUAAAAAAUAAUCAACUGUUUAUCUGCCAAGAGAAAAUACGAAAAAAUUGCAUACAUUCUAACCUACUGGAAAGUGUAACGGAAUUCAAUAAUUAGGCGCCUUAAGCUAAAAUGCAGUAUGGAUCGCAAUUUGAAACAGGAAGCCUUGCCGAAUGCCAUUUCCGGGCAUGAAGCCAGAAACUGGACGGCAUUGCAUGAUGCCGCCGCUGUUGGCGAUGAUCGCUGUGUUCAAGUACUACUCACGAGCAAUGCUGAUCGUCUGGCCAAGGAAUCCGGCCAGGGCAACACACCGUUGCAUGAGGCAGCGAGCCGCGGGUUUAGUCGCUGCGUUAAACUGAUCUGCAUGCCGCCGUCGACGUCGGCGUCAACGUCUAAAACACAGCAUAAGGAUAAAAGCAGGCUGAAGGCGAGGGUGGCAAAUACAAUUGAGGCACUACAUAAUGCUACACUGAGUAUUAUCAACAAUGAAGGGCUCUCAGCGCUGCACUUGGCGGCACAGAAUGGUCAUAACCAAAGUUCCAGAGAACUUUUGAUGGCUGGCGCCGAUCCCGAUGUGCAAAACAAGUAUGGCGAUACAGCGCUGCAUACGGCGUGUCGUUAUGGUCAUGCGGGAGUUACGCGGAUAUUGCUCUCGGCGCUCUGUGAUCCCAACAAGACGAACCUCAACGGGGACACGGCUUUGCACAUCACCUGCGCUAUGGGCAGACGCAAGUUGACUCGUAUCCUGCUCGAGGCAGAUGCUCGAAUGAGUGUAAAGAAUGCACAGGGCGAUACGCCACAGAGCAUUGCAAUGCGCAAGAAUUAUAGGGAGAUUCUGGAGAUCCUAAAUACGCCGAAACGCAUACGUAAUCGCAAAGAAAAGCCAAAGGAUAAUGACAAAGCAACACCGGUGCAGGAGAAGGAUAGAGAUUGCGUAGACAAGGCAAUCAAUUGGUCGCCAUAUGGAUGUCACUAUUUUCCUGAUCCACGCUCAUUUCCAUCGCCCAAGCUGGAGACGUUACCCAAAGAGCCGCUGAAGCAAGGCGAACAGUACUUUCUCGAUCUGGCGGGUCACAUACACAAGGGUCCAGUGAGUGUGGGCAACACCUGUUACUGUGGCCCCUUCUUCCGGCACAUCGAGAACAAAUUGAAUUGCAAUCGCAAGAGCCUGAAAAAAUAUGUGCACAAAACAAAGGAACGAUUGGGUCACAAGGUGCAGGCGCUGGCCAUCAAAACAAAUGAUCAAAUUGAGCAGCUAACCCGCACAAUGAUCGAGGAUCGGAUGCGAUGCGAGAGUAAGCGACAGUAUCUAAAUGAGUAUCUGCGUCGGGGCGAGCCAAUGCGUUCCACAUUCGACAAUCAGACAAAGAGUCAGCGGGUUGAGCGCACGUUGUCUCGAUGCCGUAGUUUGGAUCUACUCGAUAGCAACUGCGAUGCAAAUAAACUCUGCAAUUCGAAGAGCGUCGAAGCUCUUGAGAAUGAUAACCAAGCUGUUGUUACAGCUGUUUAUCACUCCCAUCAUGGCAGGCAAAUAGCUGAGAAUAGUGACACAAAUGACGAUACUCAAUCUAAUUCGAGCACUGAAGUUCCAGGCAAUAGCACUGAUCCAAUUGCUACAUCAUUACCACUGCCACAAGAGGAAUUGAAAAAGUCUAAACUGAAUGAACUUAAGCUAGACUUUUUAAAAGUCUCGGAGAGAUUGGGUGAUUUGCUGGAGAAAACUUCGCUGAUCAUGGAGCGAGAGAAUGAAGAGGAGAAUAAACUCCAACUGUGUUCGCUUUCUCCUGGCCAGAGCGAUCCUUCCACCUACAGUCCUGGGAAUCAAUGCAAUUUGAUAGAGAGCAAGGACAGCGGUAACAGUCCAAACUACGAUGAGUACACGCAUGUGCAGCGACGUUAUCCCAAUUCAAGUGAAACAUCGAAUCCCUCACAGAACUCAAACAGCUGGGAGUUUGAAAUGUCACCGUCAGAGACGCAAAAGUAUUACCAUUGCAUUACCAGAGGCGACAACAUGCUGAAUACAGUGAUCAAAGCUCUGCGCAAAGAUGCCUCUUUUGCGGAUCUGCAUAAAGAUGAGGUAGCACUCAAUGAGAAUGCGGACAGAAUGUGUGGAGAUAAGUUGAUGUAUAAGGCGCAACAGCAACACGCGACACCAUCGCCAUCUUCAUCGCGCAGGGCUGAAGCAACUGUUUUCGAUACUCAACAAUCCAUCUCGAACCUGUUGAAGCGUCAGGCACUCUGUUUGGAUGAAAACUUCUCAGCGAACUCAACGCUAUACUACACAAAUCCCAAUGACAUUUCUCCAGGCCAGGAGACGCCAAGACAGUCGGAGGAUAUGCUACUAAGAAGGCAAAGCCCGAAUGAUGCUCCAUCAAAGGUCGAAAUUCGAAAUAGCGAAAUUAAAUACCUAAGGAAACCCAUUUCCGGUCAAGUUAAGGAUAUGGUUGCCCAGUUACAGGGUAAAAUAGAUUCUAGCUCGCAGUCAGCGCAAGAAAUGCCUUUAAGUACAUCUGCCCUGCAUUCGUCAAUUGUGUUUAGCUCCCGCUUGAAUAACAACUUGCAUUCGCAUCCACAUCCACUCCCACUUGGUAUGCUGGCUAAUGAAAACGCUGCUACUCCUUUGCACAAUUCAUCCACUCUAUACGCCGCCCAUGCGAGAAAUGCACAUUCCCAGUUCGAUGUACCGAAAGAUGCAUAUUUUCACGAUCUUCCCAAUCGUGUACGCAAUCUGCAACGAGCUCAGCCCAUCUACUCGGGUGACUUGACGAAUUCGCGACAUCUAAGAAGCUUCCCUGGUCAGCAGUUACAUCACGGUUCUGGAGCGACUUUCCAUGUCCAUGUCCCGAGCGAAUACGCAAACCAAACUGUCAGUCUGGCAAAUGGAAAUGAACCACAGCAUUUACAUUCCAAUGUUCAUGUGCAGAGUGAGCAUUCGAUGAGGGGCUAUCCAAUGAGCUAUCGCGGUCACCUGCCACCCGAUGUCCUGGGCAAUGAUGGAUUAGCUACAGAUGGCGAUGAGAUCGCUGCUGUUGGUCUAUAUAAUAAUGUGUCCAGUUUGGUUUGAAGUGGUUUGGUGGAAAGAAAACAAAACGAUCAAAUGUUUAAGAAACAAUCGUGGAGUUUUUUUUGGAAGCCACCAAAAAGUUGUAAAUAGUUCUCACAAUGUAUUUAUCAUCAUAAUUAUAAAUUGAAUGUUGUUCAUUCUUGCGGUACACUAGAUAUUUGCCAAAUUCAAAUUCUGGACGUUUUUUUUAGCCUUAGCCUUGUAAUGCAGCAACAUUAGCGAUAUUUUUGUGUUCUUAAAACUGUUUUUUAAAUCGAAUUUGCAAAAACAUAUCGAGUAAGAGACCAAUUCACCAAUUGGCGACAUCAGUUUGGCACCAUUUUGACCAUUUUGUUUGUUUGUCUGAAAAUCGGUCUUUUUAAGUAUUUAGGUAGUUUUGUGUAUAUCUUCU